AUGUUCACCUUGAUUUUCCUCUUCUUGUUCCUGAACAUUCCACUUCUUGUGGCUGAUUUUAUUUAUCCAAGGUGCUUUUGGAAAAUGAAGCAAAAUGAAGACAAGAAUAGAAACCAAGGAACAGGAUGUACCUUCAUGAUUCAUGCUGAACAAAAGCCUGUGGAGAAAGAGUAUUUUAGUCGUAUUUUGGAUAUACAAACUCAUACUGAAAACCACAAGUAUGCUCUGGCUUUGGCUUUUUCCAUAUAUGAAAUCAACGUGAACCCUAAUAUUUUGCCAAAUAUGUCUCUAAGAUUUACAGUCUCUGAAUACAAUUGUUACUGGGAAUCUGAAAUGAUGAGGCUCAUUCAUUUAAGUUUACAAAAUCAUGAUAUUCUCCCUAAUUACAUGUGUAAAGAACUCACCAGGUGCACAAUGGCACUUACAAGACUGAAUUGGGCAACAACUGUGAAACUUAAUACAAUCCUAAACAACUUCAUAUCUCAGCAGUUCUUUCAGAUUACUUAUGGACCCUUUCAUCCUGUCCUGAGUGAUCAUGAAAAAUUUCCCUAUCUAUAUCAUGCUUGUGGACGUUGUACAUCGUGGUGCGCACUAGGCUCCGCCCACGAUGUACAACGUCCACAAGCAGGAAGAGAGAUGGAAAAAAACACAGUCUGCUUUGCCUUUGUCAACAUGAUUCCAGUCAACAUGAAUUUAUACAUGUCAAGAGCUGAAGUGUAUUACAACCAAAUCAUGACAUCAUCCACAAAUGUUGUCAUCAUUUAUGGUGACACAGACAGUACCUUAGCUGUGAGCUUUAGAAUGUGGGAAUCUCUAGGAAUACAGAGACUAUGAAUCACCACCUCACAGUGGGAUGUCAGUCCUAGUAUGAAACACUUUACAUUUGGUAACGAAUAUGGGACUUUUGCUUUUGGACAACACCAUAGUGAGAUUUCUGGGUUUAAACAUUUUGUCCAGACAUUGAACUCUGCCAAAUGCCCAGAUGAAUAUCUGGUAAAGCUGGAAUGGAUGCACUUUAACUGUGAGGUCUCAGCCUCUAAAUGUAAGACACUGAAGAACUGCUCAUCCAAUCACUCAUUGGAAUGGUUAAUGGUACAUACUUUUGAUAUGGCUUUUAUUGAAGGGAGUUAUGACAUAUACAAUGCUGUAUAUGCUUUUGCCCAUGCACUCCAUCAGAUGGAUUUUCAAAAGUUUGAUAAUCUGCCCAAGGACAAUGGGAAAGAACACAAUUAUAGCUGCAAGAAGCUGUAUUCCUUUCUGAGAAAGAACCAGUUCACUAAUCCUGUUGGGGACAAAGUGAAUAUGAACCAAAGAGACAAACUGCAGGAAGAAUAUGACAUUUUCUACAUUUGGAAUUUCCCACAGGGCCUUGGACUUAGAGUUAAAAUAGGAAUGUUUAGUCCAUAUUUUCCAAAUGGUCAAUGGGUACAUUUAUCUGAAGAUAUGAUAGAGUGGGCAAAAGGAAGUACACAG